AUAAAAUUUAAACACAUUUUUGAAAUGAACUGAUGAAGCUAUCUUAGAAGAACACAAAACACACAAAAAGUGAGUUUCAAAAAAAAUGUCAAAUUAGCCCAUUUAAAAAACACAGAUUCAUAUAUAUUAGGUACGUGCGUAUCUGGCUAUUUACGGCACCGAUUUAUAAGUAAAAAACUGUGACCGUUUUUUUCACAGCGUGCUCGAAGUCGGUGUGUGCAUCAUGGGACCUAAAAAGAAAACAAAUCUAUUUUAUGGUAAAGCUAAAUCUUAUUUAGUUUGUAAUUUUCCAAUACCAGCUCAUUUAAAUAUGGGCUGUAGAAAUGGACAUGUACUGCAUAUAUUGACAACUAACGUUACCAAGUAACUGUAGAACAAAUCAGUAAGUAUUUUAACAUCAACAUUUUUCCCAAUGAGAUUCUGCAACUAGUUAGAAAAUCAAAAGUCUUUGUAAAAGGUUUUUCACGAAAUUCAAAACAAUUUAUUGACAUCUGCAACAUGCUCUUUGAAUACCAACCAACAACAUCUGCUGUGACUCAAACAUCACAGUUAAUAACAACCUCUAAUCACAUAGCUACGUGUUCUUCAUUUUUUUCUCAGCAAAUGCUGUUUCGUCUCUAUCAAAUAGUGACUCUUCUCAAGAAUCAUUAUCCAGGUUGAGAGCUGACCAGGUUAGUCCCAGGAAAAAGAUUAUGAGAAAGAGAUUAACCAUUUUGGAAAACAAAAUCGCAAUUAAAAAGAGAAAACAUGAAGAAGAUCUUAAAGGUUUAAGAGAAAAGGCAAAGGCUAGACCAUACAGAUUAAAAUAUCUAAAUCAAGUUAUUGCUCGUAAGGAAAAGAUAAUUCAUCAACUUAGAAAAAAAUUAAAAGAAAAUAUUUUAAAUAUACAGUUAAAAAAACUUCAAAAUCAAAUUUUUUAUUUGAAACAACAGUUAACAUUCACCGAAACCAAGUUUUUUAAUCAAAAGACAAUGUUAUCCCAACAACUUGCUGACAAAAAUUAUGCAAUUCUUGUACUUCAAAAUGACAUACUGGUUUUACAGGAAGAUAUUCAGCAAGUAACACAAAACACCAAAAAUGAAAAAUGCUACUCAGCAGAUAUCAGAACACUUAUAUAUGACAUGCUUGUGUGCCAAGUUCCUACACAUAGUGUGCCAUCUCUGCUCCAUAAAAUUGGAGAACAUACUGGCUAUCAAUUUAGUCAAAUUCCACAUCGGACAACUGUAGAACAAAUGAUGCGUGAGCUUGGUGUUCUUUCAGACUUACAGACUGCUGAGAUAGCAUUUACAACGAAAGAUCUGACACUUGGUUUUGAUGCAACAACCCAGGAGGGUGUUCAUGUAAAUGCUGUGCACUUAACAACCGAAUCAGUAUGUAUGGUUGUAGCUAUUGAUCAACUUCCUGGAGGUACAGCUUAUGACUAUCAGAGUCAUAUUACAAAAUCUGUUGAUAAUCUUGCUAAGUUAUAUAGUGACUUCUACAAGCUUAAAUACACUGAUGUAAGAAGCACUAUUAUCGAAAACAUAACAAAUACCAUGAGUGAUAGAGUUGCAACAAACCAUGCAACAGUCUCAAAGUUAAACCUAGUUUGUCAGAAAUCAUUAAAUGAACUUAACUGUCACCUUCACCCCUUGGACACAAUGACAAGCUCUUGCAAGUCUUCACUUAAAGCAUUAGAGACUUCAAAAGGGAAACUUUUUGGAUAAGACUGCAUAGCAGCAAACAUUGUUGUACAGCUGAACAAACUUCGUUACAAGGAUGCUAAAGGCGAUCCAAAGGGUUUUGUAACCUUUUUGGACCAACAUGAGUUGCCCAGAGGUUUGCUACCACGCUAUAGAGGGAACAGACUACAUAUACUUUUUCACACAUGUGGUAUUUUGAUCCAUCAUUAUGCCAUAUUGAAGAUAUUUCUGUGUUCUGGCUUGGCGUUAUGUGGAGGUCUGCGAAAUAGUUUGUUUCAAGACUUUACAUCUGAAAUAGGUAUCCGUGAGUUGUGUGUUUUAGCUUUAAUUGGAAAGCUACUUUCUGGCCCUUGGAUGACAAAAUUUUAUAUUGCACCAGGUACAGGACUUGACUACAUAUCUGGCAUUUAGGUAGUAAAAGAUGUUAGGAACACUCUUAUUGAGAGCAGCAAGAAUCCCUUAUCUCUACUUAAACGAAAAACUGAUUUCUUUGGUAAUGAUAUUAAAGAUGUUGUUUUUGAUUCAAUAAUUAGCUUUUGCCCAGUAACUAAUGAAAUGAGUAAA